UAGCUCAUCUCCCAUCAGUGACAGGGAAAAAGACAGGAAUGCCCCAGGUCCCGGAGUUUUAAACAGAUCUGAGAGCGUUUGGAGGGCAAGGGUCGCUGAGCCUGAUCUGAGAGUAGCUCCAGGCUCUGGUUCGCGCUGGGAAGCUGGGAUGCCCCGGCCCCUGGAACGCCGCGGCGUUUCUCACCCGGGAAGAAAAAUGUUUUAUGGCAGAAUAAAUGGGCGUAACUUCGCCGCAUCCUCGCUCCGCGACGCUCGCGCUGCCACGCCGUGGAUGCUGCGAGUUGCCACCCAGCUCAGAGCUGAUUUGCAGCUUACCCCAUUUUCAGCCGGAACCACACAGCCGCGCUGAUGCCACCUGGUAAACUCAAGUUGGAGAAAUCUAUUUCACAUGUGCGCCAGGCUGGGGGACCAGUUCUACAAGGAAGCCAUUGAACACUGCCGGAGCUACAACUCGAGGCUGUGUGCCGAGCGCAGUGUGCGCCUGCCCUUCCUGGACUCACAAACUGGCGUGGCCCAGAACAACUGCUACAUAUGGAUGGAGAAGAGGCACCGGGGCCCAGGCCUUGCCCCGGGCCAGCUGUACACCUAUCCUGCUCGAUGCUGGCGGAAGAAGAGACGAUUGCACCCACCUGAGGACCCAAAGCUUCGACUGCUGGAAAUAAAACCUGAAGUGGAGCUGCCCCUGAAGAAGGACGGGCUCACGUCGGAAAGCACCACCCUGGAAGCGCUGCUCCGCGGUGAGGCGGUGGAGAAGAAGGUGGACGCCAGGGAGGAGGAGAGCAUCCAGGAAAUCCAGAGGGUUUUGGAAAAUGAUGAAAAUGUUGAAGAAGGAAACGAAGAAGAGGAUUUAGAAGAAGAUAUUCCCAAGAGAAAGAAUAGGACCAGAGGACGGGCCCGUGGCUCUGCAGGCGGCAGGAGGAGACAUGACGCGGCGUCUCAGGAGGACCAUGACAAACCGUACGUCUGUGACAACAGUUACAAACAAAAGCAUAAUUCAAAAUCCUCCGACAAAGUCUGUGGCAAGCGCUACAAGAACCGUCCGGGACUCAGCUAUCACUACGCCCACACCCACCUGGCCAGCGAGGAGGGGGAUGAAGCCCAAGACCAAGAAACCCGGUCCCCACCCAACCACAGAAACGAGAACCACAGACCCCAGAAAGGACCGGAUGGGACAGUCAUUCCCAAUAACUACUGUGACUUCUGCUUGGGAGGCUCUAACAUGAACAAGAAGAGUGGGCGGCCUGAAGAGCUGGUAUCCUGUGCAGAUUGUGGACGCUCUGGUCACCCAACCUGCCUGCAGUUCACCCUGAACAUGACUGAGGCUGUCAAGACCUAUAAGUGGCAAUGCAUAGAGUGCAAAUCCUGCAUCCUCUGUGGGACUUCGGAGAAUGACGACCAACUACUCUUCUGUGAUGACUGUGACCGUGGCUAUCACAUGUACUGUUUAAACCCCCCAGUGGCUGAGCCCCCUGAAGGAAGCUGGAGCUGCCACUUAUGUUGGGAACUGCUCAAAGAGAAAGCCUCAGCCUUUGGCUGCCAAGCCUAGGGCUCCAGGUCAUGGAAUGUGACUUCCGGUCAGAGAGGCUAGACCAGAGCCCAAUUCAAAUCCGAUUGAGCCUUGUCUCCUACAUAUCCAGAUAGGCCAGCUGUAAGAAACCUCAGUAAUCACAGAUGGCAUGAACGCGCGGACCCAAGAGGACGAGGUGUCUACUGACCUCUUCCACACAGGUGUCAGCAUUUCCACCAGCUCCUUCUCCUUUCUACCAGAAGAAUCUUGCACUUUUGAAGAACAACCCAGACCCCAGCCCUGUAGAACCCUCUCUCACAUUUACCCAGUGCUGUGGCCCUCUCCCUGGUUCCCAUUUUUUGAGGAAAGCUGUUUUGUGACCACUCCUCAGUCAUUUGUGUGUAGUUUGGUGUUUUCUAUGGAUGUGUUCUAACGAAGAACUCUCCCCUUAGCCUCCCUGCCCCUCCCCCCACCCCCACGUGGGCUUUGAAUCCUGAACUCGAUAGAGGAACACAAAAAAAGGCUAUGGAGAAGUUAUUUAUUACCUGUGUCUUUGGAAACUUCUAGAUUAUGAGUCUGAAGGCCGUCUUGGCAAAGGGACCCUGAAAUCCCUCUUUGUUUUCUGGUCUCUGUGAAGAGGAAAAGUGACUUUCUGGACACCCCCACGGAUACACUGACAUGCAGAAUGGUUCUCCAUGGGGCUGGAGAGGGAAACAGAGGUACAGAGGGCGUGGUAGGAAACACUAGGAAGAAAUUCUGAGUCCCGCCAUCCCAGUCAGUAUUUACCAGGAAUGAUUCUGCACAGGUCAGGACCGGGAUACUCCAACCACCUGGACUUGUCUCUUGAGGGUCUCAAGAACCAAGAAGGUGAGUGGCAGCUGCCUGGUUACAAAUACGGAUUUUGGCACCAAGAAGCUUUGAGAAUUUGUACAGUAUUGACAGAUGCUUGGAAUUUCUUAUCCCACGCAGUUCCUUCCUUUCACGUUUAGUGUGGAGGUCACCUGAGGCCGGACCCUAGGCACUUUGGGAUGGGGGAGGGAGGGUGGACUCCUCACGAAUCACGGGGUUGUGUGAUUAUUUGUGACGGGGCGGCGGUGGCCACGGUAGCCUCCACUGGAGGGCCACGCGUAUCUCCUGUAUCCCGAGAUGCUUGCUGGAUCCUCAUUUUCAAAAAGAAGAAAUCCUUUUCCAGAAGAGGCGGGACGCUCCAAUUCCGAGAAGCCCAGCUUGGAAGUCAGCCCCGUGGCCGGCGGGAGAGGCCCAGGGCUGCCUUUGGAUUGGCGGGAGUGGCCGGGCAGUGGCCACAGCAGCAACACAAUAACUUGACACUUCUGGAAAAAUCAUUUGCCCAAAGGGCAGGUCUCGUGGCGCGCAGGACCCUGGCGCAUGCUCGGCUUCCCUGAAAUCAGCUCCCCCCUCUGGGGUCCGGCUGCUUACAACAAAGGCCGGGGUUAUUUUUAGUCCUCCGGCUCCCGAAGAAGCCUCUGGAGACUCAGACACUCGCCUGGCGGGGCCCCUCCUGCCCAGCUGCGGUGUUUGCUCGGCGACUUGGCAGGAGCCUUCCUGCUCGGCUAAUUGCUGCUGGCGGUGGACAGGGGCGCAGCCUGGCCUGCAGCCGAGCCCGGUCGGUCUCCUCCCAGUCCUUUGCAGAGGGACCAUGGCAAGAAUUGGGUGGUCCCCCUCUAACAGGGGCCUGCGGGCCCUGAGCGAUUGAUUGCACGCACGCGCAGGUGUGGUUUGCAGUGAGCCCCAGAGCUCUGCUUGCUCCCACUCCGCGCCUGGAAUCCAGAGGCCCUGGGGAGGGCUUGGGCGCAGUCGUCGCUGUAUUCCCAGGAGGCGGCACGUCACGGGAUGCGCGUCCACGCCUUUCUGUGCUGCCUUGCUAGCCUCCUGCCAAACCCUUCCCGUCGGUCCUCGAAGGCUGAGGACUGGUUUUGGAAGUCACUUUGAUUUCAUUUUUUGGAAAAGAACGUUCAAGAGAGAGGUUCCCAAAGCCAGAGGUUACCCUGGCUACAAGUUCGAAAGGCAAACCUGAACCCCAAAUCUGCACCCCGACCGUUUGACAGGUUCCCCCCAGGGGUGGUGGUAAACCCAUUUCCUGCCUCUGGCAGACCGUCGGGUGCCCUGUUGCACCUCUGUCUGGCCUUACUUGCUUGUCCAAGAGGGAGGGAGAGGUGGAGUUUUGCAGGCCAGGAGGAGAUAGUUCCCCCACCUCACCCCCUGCCCCACCCUGCCGCUGCUGCUCAGGGCUCUGCGCCAGACAGUAGAAAGGGCCAGAACCCCCCCUUGGUACCUUUACUUCCUGCAGGAUGGGACCCACACCUUCAUUUGGGGAGGUCUCAGUUUCCCCAUUUGGAAAGGGGGGACAGCCAAGCCAGCUGGUAGAACAGCAUGUCCCAGGCACAGCAAGCAGACAGAACUUUCCAGAAUCACACCUUUGUGUUAUAAAGGAAGGUGCUGGCCAACGUCACACUGCUCUUUGAGGGCAGAGAACAAGCCAGGCGCACAGAGCACACGCAGAUAAUCAGGGUUUUAGCUUUGCCUCUGCCACUGAAGGGCUUUGUGACUUUGACUGUGUCAUUUAGCAUCUCUGAGCCUUAGUUUGCCCACCUGUUGAAAUGGGGAUAAUAAGAUUUGUUCUUAGCAGCAGUGGGAGUCUUCAAAAGAGAAAUGUUCUCUAAAUAAUUUCCCUGGGACUGGGGUUGUCUGGGAGGGAACCCAAAUGAUCCCUAUAUGUCCCUCUCCUGCGAGGUAGCCAAGGAUAGAUUAUUUCUGGAACUCUCUCAUUUGGACAGAGGUGAUUUAGGUUUCAAAGGCCAGGUUCCCAUGCUCAGCUCAAGAGACUAAGGGGUCAGUGACUUGGGGAUGGGGGACUCUGUGUGGAAGGGCAGGCACCCCUCCUGGGUAACUUCAGAUUGAAGCUACCCAAGACUCUCCCUUCUAGAUGACCAGCACAGCCGAGGCUGGGAGCAGCUUCUGGAGAAGGCUCUGAUUCAUUUCCGUUCUGUGUUGUGUUCUCUCGCAAAUGUCCGUUCCGAGCCGGGAAGAGAGCUCCACGGGCCGAGUGCAGGCACUGCAGGCAGGUCGCCCAGUUUUGAUCCUCUACACCGAGCAUGGCUACCUGUGACUCCCAAGCACAGAGCUGGGAGUAGAUCCAAGCAGAUGUGUUAGAACUAUACCUCCCCCUACCCCCCCCAAAAAAAACCCACCAAACAACCAAAAGUGCUCCAUUCAAAGUCCAGCUCUCCUACUUUCUAGCCUGUCAACCUUGGGCAAGUAUUUUUCCACAUCUGCAAGAGGGGCUGAUGUGGGCGCCAGCAGGGUUUUGCAGAGGUUGGAAUAAUGCUGAUAAUGAGCCUGGCAUGGGGCCUGGUCUGAGGAAGGGCCCUGCUCGGUGCUGGCUUUGGUCUUUGUGUACCUCUGUACACCAGCCGAGAUAAUGAUGCUGCGGCUACUAGCUCAAAGCCCGAGGCAGCCACGGGGUCUUCACUUUGCUUCACCCCGUGUGGUUCCCCCCUGACCAGAGAGGACAUGGGGCUGCAGGAUCCAGGCUAGGAGCAGAAGCCGUUUUCUGGUAGGCAUUUCGGAAACACUGCCUUUUGGGCCUGCAGCAAAUGCUGUUCCGUCAGAGUGUCAGGAGAGAGCCAGUCCCUGCUAGGAGAUUGAUUUCCGCUGGGCCUCCAACCACUCAUGGCCCCGAGUGAGGCUGCCAGUGGGUCCCUGGCUUUGCCCAGGGCCAGAGAGGAAGCCGGGAUGGUGGAGAGAGCAGGUGCCUCUAGCUCCACUGAGUCUGAGGCCCUGCAGGGAGCUGGUGGGUGGGAGGGAGGCCAGAUUCCUCUGGAGCUGGCAAAGAUAACAGGUUUGAAGGUUGGGGGAGGGCACGGCUCCCAAGAAACCCUGGGGAAUGCCACUCUGGGUGCAUUUUAGUCCUUGUGCUUUGAACACAGUACGCUUCUUUGGGGCCCGCCCCGUCACCAAGUUCAGCUAUUUUAGGGAAGGAAAAUGAGAUGAUGUCUUUUCCUAUGGGGGCAAAUUUAGGUGACAGACCGGUGCUCUUCUGAACAGCUGAAGAAAGAUUAUUGGCAACGAUGCCAGGCUUUGGGAGUCCGGGAGGAGGACCCCCGAUUUCCGCUGUAGGCCCAGGUGUGCUGGGGGGUGGGGGUGGGCCCGGAGACUCCCACACUGACCCUCCCUUCCCCACACCCACCGCCCUCCCUGGCUGCUGGCGGCUCUCCGUGUCCCUGUCAGAGCAGAGGGAAGUGCUGGCUCCCUGCUCAGAGACCCUGCACGCCCCACUGGCUCCCUCUGUGUCACCAGAGCUGAGGCCCAUCCCAGGAGGAGGAGGGGGUCAGAAAGGGCAUUGAGGAGCAGGGUGGUCGGUGUCCACCUGAGGAGGGGUUUGGAGUUAGGGAGAUGGCCUGGAGCUAAAUAACUGGGUGGGAGGAGUGGGAAGGGAGAUGCAGUACAUGCCACCAUUGUCUCUCAGCAGCUCCACAUUUUCCUGCGAUUCUGGAUAAUAGACUUAAAAAAAAGAAAAGAAAAGAAGUCAGACACUUGCACCAUUCCAUACCAAGCCAGAUCUACUGUUUUCAAGACCCCCUCCCCCACACACAGACACCCGGGUUCUGAGCCCCUGUGGGAUGGGGGGUUUCCCAGGACAAGAUCUGCUCCUGUCAAUGGAGGCGGGAGGUUCAGAGACAGUCUUUAUGGAUCUUCCUUGUCCCUCCUUAUCACCCUCUCUCCCCCCAAAAGUGUUCUUUUGAUGUAAAUAAGCUGCUGAGUUCUCUUUUGUCUGGAUGGGUUACAAAUGACAGCAAAGCCCUGGAUAGCAGAGGGGUCAGCACUGCCCCCCAAGACUCCCCCUCUGUCCCCCCCCACACACUGACCAGGGUCCCUGCCACUAGGAGAGGAGGAGUCCUGUCUUGGGCAAAUAGAUUGGGGUUCCUUUUAGCAGCCGAUUCCCACCCUGGAGGAUACCUUUGGUCUUCUGACGAGUUUCAUCUGGACACCAGGUGAGAUAUAGACAAGAUGCUGGAAAACACCGAAGCGGUCAUUGCUCUCAGACUUACCAGCAACCCCCAACCCUACCCCUAAACCCCCAGGUAUGUGGUGCUGCUGGUUGUCUGGGGUCCAGCUGGCUGUGGUCAGAGAGGAUCUCUGUAGUUGUCCAUGGCCUGAGGCUCCUCUACUCAUUUCUGAAACUUCCCAGGACGUAGGAUUUUGUCCACGAUGCUCUGCCAGGGCCUCUGGUCACUGAGCAUGACUGCCCAAGCAGAGAGGUGGUUCACUCAGAGGUUAGAAUAACGCUGAUAACGAGCCUGGCAUGGGGCCUGGUCUGAGGAAGGCCAGGGUCUUUGGGGUGGCUCUCAGAAAAUCCUUGGGAAACUGGGUCCCCUUCUGAGAAGGCUGGGGACCCUCAGGUCUGUAAAGGUCAGUGGAGGUCAUUUUCCUGACCAGGAAGCAAGAGGAAGACUGCUCUGAUGCCCUGGGUCAGGAGUAUGCAAGCAGAUGGAGUGCUCUAGCAGAUGGAGUGCUCCCAGGAAGUGCUCCCAGGAAGGCAUUGCGGCUGUGUGGCCCCUUCAUGUAUCCUGCCUGGGCUGCUGGAAAGAGAGGCCAGAGGAAGCACCUCCAGGAAACUGGUGGGGCGGGGUGGGGGUGGGGCGGGGAGGAGGGGAGAGUCGGGCCUGCUUGGUCCUCUUCCAGUUAGUUGCUUUCCCAGAAGGAACAGGGAGCUCCCUUUGUGAGGAAUAAGAUUGGGAAGUGGGUCGGUAGCCAGAGAAGGGUCCCUCUGGGCUGAGGGAGCCCUGGCUGUGUCCCCACAGAAGGUUGAGACCUGAGGUCACCUCCCGGGUCCCCCGAGACUGUGAGGGAUGGGUUGGAGGGCAGAGGAAUGCCCCUGACUCAGUCUCUUUGCCCCUCAGGCCUUCGCUUUCUUUGCGCCUGUGCCUUGACAAGGGUCAUUUCAGGGUUUCCCCCUCUGUGGCCCCACCAAGAGAAGGAAGCAUUUGUGCUGAGGGUGACAUUUCCCAGGGCAGGCCAGAGGAAGGCCAGGAACCAAGACUGGCAGGCGGCCAGAGCCCAUUUCGGCAGAGAUAUAAUCACUAAUAAUGACCUCUAGCCCGGGCAGCGAGCAAAGUAGCCAUUCAGGACGGUAGCAGCCCUGCCUGGCGCAUGGACACAGUGUGGCAGGGAAGGAAGGGUGCAGGGCAGUCCCCGUAGGAAACGGGGGGGGGGGGAGGGGGUGUGUGCAGAGCCCUCAGGGCCUAUAUUUUCCCUUAGUACCACAACUUCACGAGUCUCUAGGUUAUAUUUAGCCUGGCUGCAUCCCGUUUGUCUGCAGCUCUAUUAUUUGUACUGGUGUUUUUGAUAUUGAUGAUGAAAACAGGGACAGAGACAAACACUCAUGCACACACACACACACACACACACAAACUCACACCUCACUUAGCAAUCUGAAGUGAACCGUAUGUUUUGUGUGCACAUAUAUACACACACACAAACACAUGCACACACCUUGCUUAAAUGGACUGGACCAUAGGUGUGUGCAUGUACAUAGAUGCAUGUACACACACACACACACACACACAAACACACACCUUGCUUAACUGAACUGAGCCAUAUGUGUUGCUCCAGAAUGAGAGAGGGAAACUGUCCUGGGCUGGGAGCUGCCAGACAAGAUGUUUUCUAUUUUGGGGUGCUCCUAGGCCUGCUCCCUGAGCUGUCAGCCCCUGCACCAGCACAGCCGUGGGAAAGAGACCUUGAGCUCCAGACACCAUUGGCUGUCACGAUGCCUCCCUUCCCUCCACUCCGCUCCUUUCUACUUCUUUGCAGGGAGCAGGGGAGAUGUUUGGCAAUAGUCAGGGGCCAGGUCUCCCUUCUGUUUUCUGUGGAAGGGAUGCAAAUUUUUGCAGUGAAAAUUGGGAUGGUUGGAAUGCUUUCCUUUGCUGGGAGUUCUGGGUUCCCCUCUUCUUUAUCCACUCCCCUUUCCUGCCCCCCUCCUCCUCCCACUGCACUGGCUGCUGAAGAGAGGGGUGCCAGGGAAAGAAAUAGAGGCACCCAAAAGAAAGAAAAUAUACCCCUUCGCGCUUCCAACACAUAGUUGGAAGAGGUCUAAAUUAGGUCUGUGAGCAGUGAAGGAGAGCAUGGAUUCAUAGAGGGGAGCUCAAAGGCAGGGAGUGGGGUCCAUUGCCCACAUUGCAUCUGACCCGCGUGGCCCUGGAUCGAAAGCAGACAAGUUACUGUGACAAGGCGGGGGCAAGAAUCUGGGGAGUCCUUUUGCCUCUGGCUGGGAAAGGGAGGGUUGCCCAUCCUUGUUGCUGACCCCUCAUCUGCCACAUUUGCACUGGCCACCUCUCACCUGAAGGAAAAGGACCCCAUUUCUUGCCCACUUUGAGGAAUUGUUGGGCAGGCUGGCACGGGCUAACAUACUUGGCAGGGCACCCUGUGCAGGGCGAUCCUGGUGGGGCUAAACCACAAACCCCUCCUGGUCCAACCUUCUCCACCCUUGAAUGGCACUCCCUCCUGGCCAUCCUGCUCUGACCCCAGUCGUGUGUCGCCCAGGAAGGUGUCUGUGCAUCUCGGUCACUUUGCUUAUAUGCACGUGUUGUGUGUUCAUCCAUACUUGAGGCACAGGCUAAAGUGUACAUGGAUUUCCCCCAUCUGGAGGUCAGGCCUGGGAGACUGCCCGUGAGCAGCUGGGAGCUCUUGGUCAUCUUUUCCUCAAGCAUCGGUUGUCCCAAAGAGAGGAUCCUCCAAGAGAGGAACACUGGGUGGCAAUAACAGCAUCUGGAGAGGAAUCGGCCAGGCCACGGCAAGAACAUGAUCCUGAGUCUCUCCCCUCCCCCCGCCCCCCAGGCCACUUGUCCAGUGCCCUUCUGGGGUGGGGUCUCAUGUGGGGAUCAGAGGAACUCUACAGGGGAAUGGGGGCAGGGGACCAGUUUCUGGGGUCAGCUGUGCAUCGUGUCCUUGCUUCAUGCCUCGCCUUCUCCUUGCUGUAUUGACUGUGUUCUGUCACCCUUUUCCUUGCAUCUCCCUGAAGAAGCCGCGCCAAGAUUGAGCUCUGUGCCUGAAUGCGAAAGGCAGCCAGUAUCUGCCCAGCUGGAGGGUCGGCUCAGAGUUUACCUGAUGCUGCCCUUGAUAUCUCUACAGGCAGUCCUUUUUGGGGUCUCCAGAUAGCAGCUGGCUGGGAUCCAGAAGAAUCUCAGUGCGCAUAGCAGAGAGGACACAAGAUUCCCUUGCUGCUUGGUUGCGAGUCUGGUUCUAAAGUGUGAGUCUGGUUCUAAAGAGCUAGGACACCUCCUUCCUGCCCUUUCUUGGUUCUAAAGUGUGCGAGAACACAAACUGCAUUCUGGGACUUGGCCCUGCCUUCCAUUUGAAAGCUGGUGGACAAGGUCCUUCUGAGCCACCACACAUCUUAGAAAUAGGUCACCGUGUGUCAUAUGCUGCUGGCUGGGGGAACAGAAGGGGAGAGUCAUCUGGUCUGGACCAAUCCAGGCUAGACCCAGGCAGCGGGCCUUCAACUUUGAGCUUGUGGGCCCUCCAUCCAGGCUCUGUGAGGGGAGCACUGGAGAGCACUCAAGGAGGGUCUGCUUUGAGACUCCCGGGGAGCAUGACUGGCAGCACCUCAUCAGAGGUGGGAAGGGCCUGCUGGGAUGCCUGGCCUGACACUGAGCCUCGAUUCGUACCUGAGGAGACUUAAAAGAAAGCUGGACCUGUCCAUAUCACCUAUGCAGGAGGCAGCACUAACUAGUCUCUGCCCAGAAAGAGGCCCGCACCCCUCUUUCCAAAUGUGCUCUCCUCUGAGAGCUAAGAAAUAGUGAUUCUCUGUCGGGGUUGAAAAAGUUGGUUUCUUCUUCAUGUUGCCUCAAGCUCCCCCGGGGUUCUCCUGUGAAAUAGGGGAGGCUGUUGUGCUGGCUUUGGUGAAAGUUGUCACUCCAUCAAACCGGGGCUGUCCUUCUGAGUGGGCAUAGCUGAACUGGGUGGGGCGGGGGGGGUUUGUUCCUUCUGAGUGGGCAUGUCUGAACUGGGAGCAUCCUCUGAGUGGGCCCGAGCCACUGAGAUUGACAAGACUGAGAGGUUCUUAGAAGGAGAGGCCUCACGUGCAGGCUCUGAGGAGAGAGGCUGUGGAGUCUGUGAGGGGUUGAGGGAAACUUUACCCGCUUACGCAGCCAGUGAUUAGGCCCUGGAUGUCUGCAUCACCCCAUUGCUUCGGGCCGCAGCUGGGAAGGGGCUCCCGCUGGAAAUAUCUCUGAACUCCGCCAUGCACUGUGUCUGUGUCUCUCUCUAGAGCUGUAAGUAGGAAGCCAACUUGGGGGCACAAGAGAGCAAAUCCAUGUCAACAUGCACUGUUGCACUGUAGCACUGUCGUCCCAUUGUUCAUCAAUUUGCUUGAACGGGCAUCAGUAACGUCUCCAUUGCGAGACUUGUUCUUGUUUUUGGCACAUCGAAUAUGCCACGGGGAACUUGCCAGGCUCUGCCCUGUGGGCGGGAUACUCUCGGUAGCUUGCUGGACUCUCCGAGAGGGGCAGAGGAAUCGAACCCAGGUUGGCUGCAUGCAAGGCAAACAUCCUACUCACUGUGCUAUCGCUCCAGCCCAUGUCAACAUGAUAGUCCCACAGUUCCAAAGUGCUUCCUUGUCUCUUUUACCCUCCCCUCACUCCCUCACCAACUCUUUCUGGAACCCUCAGUCGUACAUUAGGAACGAGAGAGAGAGAGAGAGAGAGAGAGAGAGAGAGAGAGAGAGAGAGAGAGAGAGAGAGAGAGAGAGAGAGCUGGCUCCUUUGGAUGUCCUCCCCAAUGGUCCUAGGGAUCAAUGCCACAGGACCUCCCACUGAUGGGACUGCAUAGAGCUUUCAUUAUGAGCUGCUUGGGGACCUUAGUGUCCAGGACUGAGGCUGAUGGUAGCCUUUGUGAGGUUAGAGAGAAGAGCUCCAGGCCUGGGAGGUCUGAAGACACGCGCUCUGUGGACUCCUUUCGAAAGCCACCAGAGCACCCCCAUCCUGCCCCAAAUGCUUUUCCUGGUGUGAUGUGAUUGUAGUCUCUGUCUGUAGGGUAGACAUGUCGUGCCACUGGUCCUCUGCCUGCAGGGUGCCCCCAUUCUCCCUGUGUUCCGUCCCCACGUUGUGGAUCCUGGUGUGAAAGUACUGUGAUGUUUCUGCCCCAUGCGCAGAUGCGUGGAGACCUCUGUUUCAGUAUCGGAGAUGGGGCUUAUCACAUCUCCCAUCACCCUACGGGGAUGCAAGGGGCUGUGACUUUCUAGAGAGCCGUGCAGCCUCAAGGCCUCUGGAGAAUCUACAGGAGGCCCAUGGCUGCGUCUGUCCAGGACUGGCCUGCAGCGAGAGGUCACCGAUGAGUGGAGAGGGCUGACCAGAGGCUGCCUGGAGCUAGGACGCCUCCUUCCUGCCCUUUCUGGGGUUCCGGGAGGGGGCCAUGGAGAGGCCAGAUCCUGGAGCCCUUGCUGGAAGAGCCAUGUGGGCCUCAGCAGCCUUGAUUUGGGGGACCCCCGCAAAGCCCAGGCCUCUGUGGAAUCCGCACACCUUCACCGAGACUGAGUCACAGGCCCCGCCUCAUUUGCUGUGGUUAGUAUCUUGUUCUGUGGUUGCUUAGCCGUGUUGACAACCUAUGUAGCAAAUCUUUUUUUGUCUGCAGUUUAGAGAAUGUGUAAACAAAUAAAAGACUUCAAAACUCU